AUGGGGCAAUGUGUGUCCCGGGAUGAGCCGGGCGCUUACGCCUUUUCUCGGCAUUAUGAUGCGGAGAGCUUAGCUAGCAGCGUCAGCGGGUGUGCCAGAAGAGGUCACUCUGAGUCGAAGGGUGCAAAGAAGCGGGAGAAGAGUGCAGGGGGAAAUGGUAACAGCAAACCAAGCCGUGGCAUCGCUACUUCGUUUGGCUUCCGCCGUCGACCCGCCAGCACUUCGCGGGCAGAUGACAACGCGCGCAGGAAGCAAAAGUCACACGACAAGAACGGAAAUGGAGGUUCGACAGAGGAUCUUCGCCCCGAAGAAGUAUUAUCGGGAAGAUCCACGCCUCUUGCCCGACCUCGCAAGGAGACUGCCGGGCAACCACUGCGUACAAAUAGGUUCGGUUUCAGGCAGCCGCACAGUAAAACAGCUAAAGUGGCCGACGUGAAGGUAGCUGCCGAGUCGGCAUUCAGCGCAACGUAUAAGGAUAAGGAAACCGCCAUCAACAAUAAUGCUUUAGAUAAAAAGAGUACAAAUUCUACGUAUAGUAAUCAGCUGCCUCUAGUGGCGACUCAAGUAUCUUCCACGGGUGUAACGACGGUAAUCGGUGCCGGUGGCUUACCAAAACCCGUCACAAAGCAAACCGUCAUUCUUACAUACCAGACUCAACAGUACCCUGCCCAGGAUGGCCGUCCGAAACCUGCCCCGAGAGGUGAACAAAGCCAUGUCCGCGGAACGUCCGCCACACGCUUACCUUCAACCGUUGAUAUGCAGAAGCCUCCUGGGAAGUACACCUUCCAGACCAACCAGCUGCCAAGACCUCAAUACCCAGCGGUGAAGAACGUCGAUCCAAAAGCCGCUAAACAAGUGGUAAAUAAUACAAGAAAGGCGGGUGGGGUAGAUGGAUGGAGAGAAGGUGCCGGUUCAACUGUAUCAAGCGACUCGGGCGUGUGGACGAGCGGCGAGGGCGGCACCGGUGAGGGCUCGCCGCUGGCCCGCCGCCGGCCGCGCAACUUAGAGAUGGUGAUGCGGGGCACUCACAACUUCCAUCUCAGGGAACUGCAGGUUGCUGACCUAGAUAUCAUGGACGAGGCAGUUGUGACCGGUCACACGGUUAUUCCUCUUCCGAAGCUGCCCAGUUCGUUUGAAGGAGAGUUGUCUCCGGAGUACGAAGUCACGCCAGUACCCACCUACAUGCCUCCGUCACCGAUCGUACAGAAGCCAACUCCCGCGGCCGAGAGCUCACAGAGACAGAGCUCUCCUAUGUCAACACUGGAACGUUACAGGACUAAGAACAGGCCUUCGAGGAUUCUAACUAACAUUGAAUAUAAGGACGAGGAGAAAUUCGUUUUGGACAGAGCGCAACCGGAAACGUUUAAUAAACAGAAAUCCUUUACUACUUCAUCAAGCGGCGUAGUGUCUCCGACGACUGUAAGUUCCAGCAAGGAGUCGAGUCCUUCGUGUAAGAGCGAGGAAAGUCAUUUCGGCAACAGUAGUGCUUGGCAAAGUCACGCUGCCGGGGAAGCUAUGGCGACGAGAUCCCAAGAUGAUGUCUCACUGGUGCUAAGUGUAUCGAGCUGCGAAGAUGAAAAGUCCAAAUUGGAAGCGAAAGAGAACAAGAAAACUUUGGAGCAAGAAGUGCCGACGAAGACCAUUGUGAUUGCCGACGAGCCUCCCCACCCGUUGCUAAUGAAGUCUGUUACUCUAAGCCAGCACGAUUCACUGCGUGGCACUAUGAUGGGUUCAAUGACGAGCUCCAACUACAGUACAACAAGCACAUGCACAAAUCAAAGCAAUGAGCAUCACAACUUAACGCUUACUCUAGAGGAAUCCAAAUUCGAUAUGUCUGCUUUAGAGACUUCCACUCAGAGCCUUCUUGAUGACGAAACAUCUCCAGCCGACAGUCUUAUAUCUUCCACCAGUACCAGUGAUAGCAACAAUGAUCUGCACGUUGACAAAGAUGCUCCGUCCAUAUCUAGCGCAUAUCAAACUGCGAAUACAAAGACCAAAUCGCCGGAUCCAAUUAUGGAAGAAGUGGACGGCGUUGAUGAAGAAGAGCUGCAACCGGUUAGGGAACUCAUCGAGGCGGUCAGUGACGUGAGCGGCGGCAACAGCGGUGGCGACAGCGGUGGCGACAGCGGCGGCGGCAGCAAGAACGCGACGCCGCCGUCCCCGGGCACGCCCACGCACGCGUCCGGCUCGCUAUCGCUCUCCGACGGACGCGACUUCUUUGACGACGAGAUCGCUGACCAACCUGCGCUACUUUUUAGAAAAAAUACUGAUGGAAGCCCUUCAAUAAAAAGAGCGGAUACAGACGCCAGUAAACAAUUAAGGAGGUCAAAAGAACGUAUUAAUUCAAGCCCGCUUGCGCAUAGGAGUCGUAAACUCGGCGGCAGCCGUAAUCCGGCCGCAGAACGCACGCCGUCACUAGACACACUCUCAAGCUUGGCUUCGGACGACCUCAUGAUGGAAAAUGAUCUUGCCAACUCAGUCACCAGUUUGCAGAGCGUGGACGACUAUAUUGAAAGGUUAGACAGCUCGUUACGAAGCGGACUCAAUUCACUGGAUGAAAGACAGCUACGUCAAGAGCUCGCAUCUUCUAAAGCAACAGUGCGCCAAUGGAGCCAACUGUUAGAAAAGAAUAACAUACUGGAUAGGCAGCUGGCAGCCAUGGCACAGGGGAAUAACGGAACCGACUCGCUAACCGCGAGCAACACCAGUCUUACCAGCGUCGGGGCCAGUCUACCAGUUCGCACGGCCCGCCUGCUUCAGCGCUCACGCACAACAACUCCAUCGGAGGCGGCGAGCGAUGGCAGCGCAUCACCCGCGCCGGCACCAUCGUCCCUGCUGCAGGACGUCGUCGAUAUCAAGACCCUACUCUUGCAGCUCAAGCGGGUCUUACAGGAGCCCGGGGAGGAGCAUCAUUCGAUGAGUAGCGAAACUCUCGACCCGUUGCUGGCGGCGUGCGCGGAGAGCCCCGCGCGCGGCAACGGGCGCCGCCCCCCCGCGCCCGCGCUGCCGCCCGACGCCUGCGCCGAGAUGCGCCGCCAGAUACUCUACCUGCAGAGUCAGCUGGAGGAGCGCGACCGGCUGGUGCGCGUGCUGCAGCAGCAGAUGCUGCGGCUGGCCGGCGCGCACGAGCCGCGCCACGACGACACCGUCACCGUCGCCACGCAGACCGACCGGUUGCGGCCACCGAUGAGCACGGCGCUAACGAGUUCUGAAAACUCCGGAUUAGUGAGUUGGAAUGAACAAACGAGCGUACGGAAGCUGCCGUCGUACAGUGAAGCACAAAAGACUAAGAGACCUGUAACCAAUGGGACCGUUAAAUGUCAGUGCGGUGCGAGGAAAGUGAACGGAGUGAAAGACGAGGACGUACACACGGACAAACAGACUUCUGUGCAACUAGACAUCUGUAAAACUAAUAGCCGCGUUGGCACCAAAUACCUUCAAGCACUCGCCAAGAAUUCAGACAGCAAACGAUAUGCAAAACGUGAUUACUUAGACAAUAAGACCGAACUGAAGAAUCUCCACGCAUCGCGAUCGAGGUCUAUCGAGAAUUUCAGCCAACAAUCCAUUGAACUUCUAAAGCCAACAAUAACUGAAGACUCCACUCUCAAACACCACACAUCCUACGGCGACCUAUAUAACGGCAGAAUAAGCAGCAAAGAAAGCGUUAAUGGGAACAGACACAGCCCGAGCUUAAACGGGCAAUCUACAGAUACAGACUACAGUUCCGACGGGGGUUACAAAUCUCUUCCUUCUUCUAUAAACUACGGUAACCAGUCCCCUAAAAAAGUCAGUGGUAUACCUCGAAGAUCUAUUGAACAGAAGUUCAUUUCCCAUAAACAAGUUAAAGCGAGUGCCGUCUGA